AUGUCUCAGCAAGACGAUUUUGACACACCUCUGACCAACAGCUUUGUGGACGCAUCCGACGCCCUCGGCCAUCCAAGCAGUCAGUCUCGCGACAACAACGAUGAGAAGGAGCAGAACCAAUUCUUUCAGGACCUUGGUUUCUACGUUGCUGAGGAAGGCCGUAUCCAAGAACUCGAGGGUAUAAUCGAAAGGAACGGCGGAAGUGUGCUCACAGAACUCCCCUCUGGCACUUCCAACAAAGAGUAUGUUGUUGCGUCUUCGAACAUAGCAAACCUGCCAACGCUUCAUCCCAAAUACAUCGAAAACUGCAAGAAGCAUAACAUGCUUCUCAAACUCAAUGGCUAUUUCGUUCCUUGGUCUGGCUUUGCCGAAAACUCGCAAAAUGAAGGCGAAGAGGUCGGUAAACCAGGCGUCACGGAUGAAAACUUUAACGCUCAAAAUAAAUUACCAAAUGAUGAGAAAAGGGCCACUUUGCCAAACAUUGAGGAUGAGGCGAGCUCUUCGCAGGCGCCUGGGUCUCCCAAUGAAAACGAACAAAAUAGGGUUAAAAAUGCAGCUCAGAGUGCAUUUAAGACCACAGAUCCGAAUAGCCAAGCUAAGCCCAAUCCCGUUCCCGUGAAUGAGCAGAGAACUAGUCCGGCUGUGACGGUGGAAGUUGCUGAGAAGCCGGGUAGCUCUCUCAAAGAAGAAGCUGCUAAGGAACCUUAUGUCGCAGCACACAGUAAGGCAAACUUUACCGCUGAGGAGGAUACUUUCAUCCUUGAUGUGGUUCGCAAAAACCCCACUAGAAGAACAACCCACACUCUUUUCGAUGAAAUUUCGAGGUUUGUUCCAGCACAUACUGGAAAUUCAAUAAGGCACCGCUACCGUGUUUAUCUCGCCAAAAAGCUAGAUUUUGUCUACGAAGUUGACAGUCAGGGAAGACUGAUUCGCGACGAGAAUGGUGACUUGAUAAAAACAACGGUUUUACCAAAAGCUCUCAAAAAGAAAUUUGUGGCCGAAGAGGAUUACGAUCUUGCGGUCAGUAUCAAGCGCCAAUUUUACCAGGAUGUUUACCAGAUAGAUCCUGACACACGUAAGUCCUUGAUAAGUGAGGACGAUGCACCCAAUGAAGCUGCUAGAAGAACGCUGACAAUGGACACGAACGUCAAACCUGGCGCAGAGCCAAGUCUCGAAGACUUUAGGGUCGGUGAAAGGAGGGGGCCUGUUCCAAGAGAGUUUUUCAAAAAUUUUGCCCAGAAUCACCCUACUCAUACGGAAAACGCUUGGCGCGAUAGAUUCAGGAAGUUCCUCUUAUCAUAUGGGAUUGACAAAUACAUUGAAUACUACAGACACGAAUUAGCGCAUGAGCGCACUCCUGAAGCUAUGAAAAAUUUCACUAAUAGACCGAAGAGAACUGGCGUGCGCACCCCGGGCAAUUAUAGUGGACUACCCAAGAAGCAGAAAACGUCAAGCGAGGAAGAUCUGCCUCAAUCUUUGUCAUCGAAAGCUCAACAGGCUGCAGCACUGGUUGCCGCCGGUGGGAGGUCCGGAGAUGCUAACUCGGCUGGGCUGGGAGUCGGUGACAUGGAUCUACUGGACGAAGAGACUUUGAAUUUCAUAUCAGGGUUGAGGCGGGAUCUAUCCAAGAUCGAGUCCACUGGCGGGACCGCUUUCGAAUAUCCGCAAGAAAUAGCGGAAUCCAUUCGCAAUGAUUUUGCUAACGAAGAAGCGCAGUUUGAUAACAUUGAUCCAGAUACGAUUGCAUUUCCACCUUCACUUGCAUCAAGCGAUCUUUUCAUGCCGCAGUUUUUUGCAUUCAAAUCAACCAGGGAGUUUUUGGAAAAGAUCAAUGACAUAAUAUCGCGAGAUUACGAAGCUUCCCAAGCAGAGAAACUCGUACAUGACUUAUGCGAAGAAGCAGGGGUAAGGAAAACAUUUAGCACAGGCAUCUUAACAGCGCUAUCUGGGGACUUGAUGGUAUUUCCACGAUACUUUCUGUGUAUGUUCACCAUGAAAGCCAAUCCACCGCUUAACGUGCCUGGUAUUUGGACUCGGGAUGAUGAUGAAAUACUCAGAGAGGCAAAUGAAGACGGUCUUAAGAAAUUAACGGAAAAACACGGUCUCGGCAGAAUUGAGAUGCGCAGACGCUUCAUUGCUAGCGACCUCGUAUGA